AUGGAGGAUACGCAUCCGGUCGGUGAAUCCGAUGUUCCCGAGGCCAUACCCUCGAUCAAUCGGAACCCUCUCAUGCCGCGAGCUUGCGAUGCCUGUCGAGCCCGCAAGGUUGUCAUUUCCGGAUACACCGAAGUGACCGUCUUCUCACCUUACAGUGAACGGAAGAUUGACCACAUCGAACGCCGACUCGAUGGCAUAAUCGAAAUUCUAAACAAUCUUAAAGUAAGCCAGCCGGAGAUCGAACGGCCUCAGCUAUCAAGGGAUACACAAACCCUAUCCAACGAGUCGCAUUCCACCCCAGUGGUAUCUGGCCAUGCAACCCCGGCCGACUUGGCUGCUGGGCCCGUCGUGGAAGGCGACUCUUCCUUGACUGCCCACUCAGCUUUUGCAAACGACUUUCUGCAAAGCUUUGUGAGCGCAGAUUCGGUGCAAGACUGCAGCCUAGAGAUGCGCCAGACUCUCGAUGCGCUCGCUCAUACCGUUGCGACACUUAAAAAGCAGACUGCCUCGAGCGAAAUCAUUGACUCUCACUUUCCCCCUACGCACCGUCCCCGACUGAAACGCCUCGAGCUUCCUCCCAUUGAGAAAGCUGUUGCCGUGAUCCGUCUGGCGAAAUCCCAGAGCCUCGCCGGUACCGGUUGGAUCUAUGAAUUUAUCCAACUCAAUCAAUUUGCGGACAUGUGCCUCGGUGUCUAUUUCUCAAAUGAUUAUCCUGGCGUUGAUGCUAUCACCGUGAAUGCUGGCCUACACUCUCUGUUCUCGGACUAUGCGUUCCAACUGCCGGAGGAGCAUCGCGAAGAAUACUUCGGCUUUGCGUGUCUAUGUCGAGCCAAUCUCGAAGCCGCGCUAGUUGAUUUGCCUCUGCAUCUACCUGCAACCUCGAGCGCAAUUCUCGCCCUUAUAUUUGGUGCUUUCCACUUCAUCGAGCUCGCAAAGCCUUCUAUGUCCUGGACAUAUUCAUCAAAGGCGUCCGAGCUAUGCCAGACACUGGGCUAUCAUCGGAAUGUGUCCAUGAAGGUUGACUCGCCAGACACUGUACAAUACAAACUAUUCCUCUUUUGGAGCGUCUACUUUCUCGACAAGAGCUUAUCACUUCGCCUAGGGCGAGCGUCAACGAUUCCCGACUGUGAGAUAACAAUACCUCGGCCUUCAGUCAACAGCGUCAGCAAUGCACCUGUCAUGGCAUACUUCCCCUUAUGGAUCGAAUGUGCGCGAUGCCAGGGCAACAUAUACGCGAUGCUAUACAGCCCCUCCUCACUCGCUCAACCUGACCCAGUGCGGCACGAUCGAGUGCAAAUCCUUGUGAACGACCUGGAGGCGUUGGAAAAGGCGACAAACGAUACCCACGGUCAAUGGAUUAAAACUGCCAGCCAGACCUCUGGUGAAGACUUGAUGAACUUUUUCGCUUUCUCUGACGACGUCCUUCGUCUAUCGCUCCUUACGCUGGUGUAUCGAGCCGCUCCACCCAUAAAAGAAUCCUCCACAACCUUCAGCUUAAACUGCAUCAAAGCCGCCGAGGCCGCGUUACAGAGACACCAUGACUGUAUUGGCGUGAUACGCAAGAACGCCAGCGUAUACUUCAGCAAGUAUAUUCAUUGGACCCUCCUUUUCGCACCCUUUUCCCCCUUCAUCGUCAUAUUUUGCCACGUCAUCGAAACCCAAGAUCAAAGCUACCUAUCUCACCUACACGCCUUCGUCGAAUCCAUCAAACUGGCACCAACGGUCUCCGAUGCUGCUGCUCGAAUGUACCGUCUUUUCCUUGUCCUCUACAAUGUAGCACUGCGCUACAUAGAGUUCCGCACAUCCCAGACACCAGGCCAAACACCAGCGCGUGCUGAGAUGAACGGGUAUCUGGCUGCUUUGGGACUGUCAGCACCUGUUUCAGAUGAUAUCCAUCAACCGGAAUCGCCGUCUCUGGGCACAGACCCUAGGCAUGAUUUUAUCAGACAAGCAUCUGAGCAGAGGGAAGAGCCGAUGAUCUGGAUGGGAAAUGAGGCGGGGUUGGAUGGUUGGUUUUCUAGUAAUCGGGCUAUAAUGGGGUUACUUCAGGAGUCGGAUUUCAAUAUUCUGGAGGAGGUUUGGAGAGGCUAA